CUCAACCUCAGGUGAUCCACCCGCCUCAGCCUCCCAAAAUGCUGGGAUAACAGGCGUGAGGCUCCAAGCCCAGCUGUGAAUGGUGAACUUCUAUUCAUACCUCAAGACCCAGCUAAAAGGGCCCCCGCCCCUUGUGUCCCGAGGAGCCAACUGCAGUGCCUUCACCUCUGGGAACUCAGCUUCCCCAACCCCCUCUGACAUCUGUGAGUCCUAAGCCCCCUUUUACUGCUUCUGGCUGAUAAUAUGAACAGUGGGCAUUCACUAAGUGCUCCCUGUAUGCCAAUCCCUGUGCAAUGCUCUGAAAAAGUGAAAUACCCCCCAGGGCAGGUCCUAUUGUGGCAGUUUUACAGCCGGGGAAACUGAGGCCCAGAGAGGGAGAGGCCCUUGGCAUCCUAUGGCGAGGGGCAGUGGAGCCUGGCCGACCCAGCCACCCCCUCAGAGCCCCAGCCCUCCGCCCACCUGCCCUCCCUCGUGGCUCAGAACAGCCUGAGUCGGAGCAGGAGGGGCCGCGUCAAUUAAGCACCUGGAGCUAAUCCUCACCCCUCCCCCAACCCCGACCUGGCUGGGGGCUGGCAGGGCCAGGUCACGGCAGACGCGGCGCCCGGCCGCCGGGGCAGGUGCCCCGUGGAGAUCGACGGAGGGGCUGCUGUGGGCGGUGGGAGCCAUGUUCCUGAGCCCAGGCGAGGGGCCGGUGGCCGAGGGUGGGGGUCUGGGGCCGGGCGAGGAGGCCCCCAAGAAGAAGCACCGGAGAAACCGCACGACCUUCACUACCUACCAGCUGCACCAGCUGGAGCGGGCAUUCGAGGCCUCCCACUACCCGGAUGUGUACAGCCGCGAGGAGCUGGCGGCCAAGGUGCACCUGCCUGAGGUGCGGGUACAGGUGUGGUUCCAGAACCGCCGGGCCAAGUGGCGGCGCCAGGAGCGGCUGGAGUCGGGCUCAGGUGCCGUGGCAGCCCCGAGACUCCCCGAGGCCCCAGCGCUGCCGUUCGCCCGCCCCCCGGCCGUGCCCCUGCCCCUGGAGCCCUGGCUGGGCCCCGGACCGCCGGCUGUGCCAGGCCUGCCCCGCCUCCUGGGCCCGGGCCCGGGGCUGCAAGCGUCCUUCUCGCCCCAUGCCUUUGGUCCCCCCUUCGCAGACGGCUUCGCCCUGGAGGAGGCGUCUCUGCGGCUGCUGGUGAAGGAUCACGCGCAGGCUCUGGACAGGGCCUGGCCACCAGCCUGAGCCUGCGCCCUCCCAGGCCCCCUCCUCGGCCCCACCCGAGAGCCGGGGACGUGCCCUGGUGACAGCCACCACGCCUUGGGCUAGGCCGAGGUCACGGAGCAAACACGGUCAGACCAGGCCAUUGCUGGGGAGCGGGACCAGAGAGGCGUCCUGCUGGGUCCCCGGCCCCCACCCCCCAUCCCCCACCCCAUCACCACCCAUCCUGCUGGCAGUGGACGGGCUCUGAGUGUCAGGCAGGAGGUGUUCUGAGCAUUCCCAGGCCCGGGGCAGGGUCCUCCUCCCCUCCUCAGGCCUCAGUCUCCCCGUCUGUCAAGUGGGCAUAGGCGUGUCUGAGAUUCCCGGGCUGCGAGGCUGUGGGUGACUGGGCCGAUGACUCUGUGACAUGAGUCUAAGUCUCUCUGCCUGCCCCCGAUCCCUGUCGGCAGAGAUACCCGCUCUCCAGGGCUCCCUGACCCCAGGAGAUGAUCAAUAGCAGCUCAGGCGAGCCUGGCCUCCAUUCACCGUGUGCCCCCACUCCAGUCCGUCCUAGACCUCGGCCACAGCCGUCAGCCCAUUCUACGGAGAGGGAAAGCGGGGCUCAGGCAGGAAGCCCGAGCUUGCAUGGCCAGGAGUGGGUGGAGCUGCCUUUCAGACCCACCCCUGUCCCCACCGUCCAAGGCACAGCGGCAGGUUCUGGAGGGAGGGUGGGUCCUGGGCCAGGGACUGCUGGGACCCUGGUGCAGAGGCGGGCGAGGCUGAGGCAGUGUCGUCAUUGUCAGCCCCUGCUCCUCACGGCCCUGCCCACCGCAGGCCCCGUGCAUGUCCUGCAGUAGCACGGCCAGCAUCUGCUCUCUCCAACCCGGUCGUAGGGCAGCAGGAGAGGCUGGAGCCACAGGAUGGGACAGCCUGGGCCAGGGCCGCCCCCCAGGCCGGGGUAGGAGCUGCGGCGGCCACCCUCCCUGCCUCCAGCCCAGGCUCCCAGAUCGCUCCCAGGUCACUGGGGCACCUCAUCUCCAGGAGGCACCUCACACCAGUCCUGAGGCCCAACGCCCAGCCACCACCCAGUGUCACUGUGCACCGGUCACUCGGGACAUGGCAGUCAGCACGUGAAAAAUGUGUUCUUUAAAAGCUAAACCAGGCCAGGGGCGGUGGCUCACGCCUGUAAUCACAGCGCUUCGGGAGGCCGAGGCGGGAGGAUCGCUUGAGCCCAGGAGCUGGAGACCAGCCUGGGUGACACAGCAAGACCCUGUCUCCACGACACUUUCUAAAAUUUGCCGGGUGGGGUGGAGCACACCUGUCAUCCCAGCUGCCCCAGAAGCUGAGGCAGGAGGAUGGCUUGAGCCCCGAAGGUCGAGGCUGCCGUGAGCUGUGAUCACGCCACUGCACUCCAGCCCGGGACACCCAGCCAGACCCUGACUCAAAACCAAUAAAUAAAAAAGCAAACCUAAAA